AUGAGUGCACAUGUAGACACGUACAUGGUGAGGAGAGCCUCCGAAAUUGACCCAAGCUGGCAGAUCUCGGCCACCAACAAGCUUGCCGAACGAAGAAGCCAACAGCAGGCUUCUGAAAGAGCUCAGGAGAGAACGAACUCUUUCUGGGGUUUCGUGAAAACCUUCGUCAAACACGCCAAGCGCGAGGAUUUGAAGAAAUUCCACAUCAAUGGUCAACAUGGAUGGGAUGAUGUGAAACGAAUAGCGUCAGAAGCGAUUGAUAAGGAUGCAGAGAAGACGAGAUGGCGAAAGAACCCGUUCAAAGCUGCAGGAAGGUCCCUGCAAAAAAGCGCAUCGAACUUGGAGAUGUUGCUGAACUUUCUUCCCAACGAUGGGGUCGCAGGAGUGCUGUGCGGAGCACUGACCUUUGUGUUCUUCGCAGCCAAAAGGCUGGAUGAGGUGAGGACGAAGAUAUUGGCCUGUCUCGAAAGUCUACCUGAGAUCGUUGAGCAAACGGAGGCCUACGUCAAUAUCUACGACGCGGACCCAAAAGUAUGGAGUGCUGCAGAGAACCUAUACAUAGGUAUACUUGAUGGAGUUGAGGGAAUGCUCCAGUGGAUCGACGAAUCUGCUUUUGAGCGCGCUUUCAAAGUACUGUUGCUCCCUGCAACAUUUGGUGCUAAACUAGAAGAAGAGACGAUCAAGAAAAACAUCAAUGACAAGGUUGUAAUCUUCCGUGAAACUGUCCAAGUCAAUCUGCACCGACGUCUGGGGCGACAAGAGAACGCUCUCCGGACUUUGCAGAGCCAGUUGAACAGUCUUGUGUCAUAUGCUCAGUGGAGACAUGAGAACCCACAGGCCAUCGUUCUCUUCAAAACCUUCAUCAAUCUCAAUCAACUUCGAGACAUCCUCAAUGUUGAACCUCAAUUGGAAUGA